UGGGAGGUGACCCCGGAAGUUCCCGCGCGGCGGAGCUGGAAGGGGCGAUCGACUCGGCCGCGGAAUCCCGUGCGUCCGUUCCUGCGAGCGCUGCCGCUGCCGGACCGGCCAUGGACGAUACCCUGUUCCAGUUGAAGUUCACGGCAAAGCAGCUGGAGAAGCUGGCCAAGAAGGCAGAGAAGGACUCCAAGGCGGAGCAGGCCAAAGUGAAGAAGGCCCUUCAGCAGAAGAACGUGGAGUGUGCGCGUGUGUACGCCGAGAAUGCCAUCCGCAAGAAGAAUGAAGGUGUGAACUGGCUCCGCAUGGCAUCCCGCGUGGACGCAGUGGCCUCCAAGGUGCAGACGGCCGUGACCAUGAAGGGGGUGACCAAGAACAUGGCGCAGGUGACCAAAGCCCUGGACAGGGCGCUGAGCACCAUGGACUUGCAGAAGGUCUCUGCGGUGAUGGACAGGUUUGAGCAGCAGGUGCAGAACCUGGAUGUGCACACAUCGGUAAUGGAGGACUCCAUGAGCUCGGCCACCACGCUGACCACGCCGCAGGAGCAGGUGGACAGCCUCAUUGUGCAGAUCGCUGAGGAGAAUGGCCUGGAGGUCUUGGACCAGCUCAGCCAGCUGCCCGAGGGUGCCUCUGCCGUGGGCGAGAGCUCCGUGCGCAGCCAGGAGGACCAGCUGUCUCGGAGGUUGGCCGCCUUGAGAAACUAGCCGAGCCUUCCUGUAGGGCACUGCUUCCCUGGCCUUGACGUGCAGGAAGGGCCAGGGAGGAGGGCUCCAUCUCUCUCCCCAUGCCUCUUGCCUUUCUGCACACCCUGCAGCGUGGCCCUUCCCUCCAGGCCUGGGAAUUGUCCCUCUUAUCGUAGACGGUGGCUCUGUGUCUUGGUGGGUGAGUUUGCACAACUUUCUGACUUCUGUGGGUUAUUUCUGUGACUCUGGGCUGACCAGCUCGGGGUUCUGCAGGCCCCCCCCGCCCCCCCACCCUCUGAGACAUUGACGGGGACUGACCAGUGGACGCCAUGGGGGCCAUGGGGGCCUUCAGACUCCGUGUAACGGCAGAUGUGCUCCUGGUGGUCAGCCAGUGGGCGUCAGGGCUUCUUCCUGCUGCCAGGCCCCUGGAGGCCAGCUGGCUGAGCCCCACCUGGGAUCCCUGGCGUCAGGCACCGUGCUCCAUAUCCAGGCACGCCCACCCAGGGGCCCCCCAUCCUCAUUCCACUGUUGCCUCUGGAGGGCCUGGGGCCCUGAGGGGUGUGCUGUGUGUCCUGUAGGAACUCAGGUCUGCACUGUGGUCCCUCCCAGUGAGGAGCAGGCAGUCCACACUCCGGCUUGGGGUGCUGCGUCUGCGUUGUUCUCUUCUGUGCUGUAAAUAAUGGGUGCCUCCCCCUCACCCCCCGACUGGUCUCUCCUCCUGUCUGUGGGCUCACACCGUCCGACCUGGGAGCUUGCGCGCUCCAAGAGGGGCCCCCGGUGGGGCCAGCGUCAGGGAGAAGCCGUGGCAGCCGCGGCCGGGCGGCUAGCAGCAGCUCCUCCUGAUGAGUUCCUGGGACACGCAGCAGUUUCCACGUUUUUCAUUUCCUGAGGUUUACUUUGUUUUCUUGAAGCUUCCAGGGUUUUUUGGGUUUUUUUUGCCAAAAUAGAAGGAGCAGACAGCAGAUGGGGAGCAUUUGGGUCCAAGCCCCGUUCUUGGUGUGAGCUGGUGAGAACUUCGUGGUUGGUACUGAGCGGGGCCCGGCUCCGUGCACGGCUGACCACCCGACCAGCUCUUCCCAGAGGCUCCCGCUGCCCACGCUGUCCUCAUACCAGUGGCUCUUGGAAAGAAAUGUUGGAGAUCUUUACCGUGACUUGCUACGUGUGAUUCUUCUGGACUUGCUUGUCCCUGGGUAUUCUGUGUGGUCAGUUGGGUUGGAGCAACCUGGAUGCCUGAGACUGGUGUGAGAAUCCAGAGGGCGGGUCAGCGUGCUGUCUGGCUUUUCUUCCACACUGCCGGCCUCGCCUUACUCCCUGGCUGUGGUCUCUCAGGAUGCCCACGUGCUGGGGGUUCAGAGCAGAUCCUGACUGUCUUGGUGCCCGGUGGGUGCAGAGCUCCCCAGCUGUGGCUCAUCAUAGAGCAGUGGGCAUGUUUGCCCAUUUUCCUAAAGUGCUGUUGUGAGUAAACACAUUGAUCCCUGAGAACUUUUUCCGGCUUUGCUUUAGUGGCUUUGGGUAGGGUGGGGAGCCAUAGGGGGGCCCUUGAUAGGGCUCUCCAGCCCCCAUGCAGGAGGCUGAGGAGGGUACCUGGAGGAGGGCAGGUGGGGUGGGUGGGGUGAGGUAUGCAUGUCCUCAGGCCCCCACCCCUUACAGGUGGAGUUAGAGUCUGAAGUAUUAAAUUUUCUUUUUAAGUUUUUACCUGGAAUUAACUUUAAAGGUACAUAAAAGUUGUAAUUUGCGCUGUUUCUGUAUACUUCUGUAUACCAGCGCCCCCCACGUGCACUUUCUAGUUGACCGCAUGUAACUGGCUGAAUCACCUUGUGAUCCUCCAUUCUUCCAACCUGGGACAGUCCCAUUUGUCUUUGUGACCUAGAUGGUCGGUGUUCUGUUUUUUUAAGAGGUAGAGUGAUCGCAGGAGAGCGAGGGUGGGGGUUGGGCAGGAGAGGAAGACUGAGAAUCCCAAUCAGGCUCCACAUCCAGCACAGAGCCCAACAUGGGGCUCGAUCUCACGACCUUGAGAUCACGUCCUGAGCUGAAAACAAGAAUCGGAGCACUUCACCUGCUGAGCCCCUGAGGCGCCCCGACCUGGAUGGCCUGGACAUGCCGGCCAGUAAUUUGGCAAACUGCCUUUCCACUCGGGCUGAUGGGACAUUUUCCCACGAUGACGUUGACAUCACAGAAGUGGUACUGUGUCCUCGGUGCUCCACACCAGGUGCACCGUGUUGCUGUCUUUUCACCUGGGACACGUGGUGUGGGCCACGCGUCUCCCCCAUGAUGUUUUAUGUUCCCCUCUGUUGAGUAUCUUGUGGGGAGAAAUUUUAAGACUGCCAGCAUCAUCUGCAAACAUUGUCCUACUUUGCCCCUGA